AUGACUAUCACCGAGUCUAUUAAGGAGGCCGUUGGCCUUGCCUCCCACGAGCAGCAGGAGCCCAAGAAGGCUACCCGCGCUGAGAUGAGCGCUGCGAAGCUCCCGCUACCGUAUCGGGAUUCCUGCGCACAUCUUCUGAUCCCUUUGAACCGGUGUCGCUUUGAGGAGUUCUAUCUGCCGUGGAAGUGCGAGAACGAGCGACAUUCAUACGAGAAGUGCCAGUACGAAGAGUUCAAGCAGCGGAUGGCAAAGAUGGAGGAGUUGAGGGCAGCGAAGGGCGGAGCAAGGAGCAAUUGA